GGCCCGGUGAAGGACGCGGGAGUGGGCGUUUCGGUCUCAGAGGCAAGCUGCGAGGGUCCCCGCUGUCAUGACUUCGCGUUCUGUCACUCUCGGCAUCGACCUGGGCACUACGUCUGUGAAGGCGGCGCUGGUGGAGGCCGCGCCGGAUGACCCAUCCGGGUUCGUGGUACUGGCGAGCUGCACUCGAGCAGCGCGGGCCGAGACGGCAGCCCAGAGCGCGGCGGCCGGGCCCCAGGGCCGGGAGCAGGAUGUGAGUCGAAUCAUCCAAGCCCUAAAUGAAUGCCUGCAUGCCCUUCCCCGGAAGCAGCUCCAGAAAGUCUGUGGCAUCGGUGUGUCAGGCCAGAUGCAUGGAAUCAUGUUUUGGAAAACAGGACAAGGCUGUGACUGGACCACGGGAGGACCCAGUCCUGUGUUUGAACCCAGAGCUGUGAGCCACCUGGUGACAUGGCAGGAUGGCCGGUGCAGCAGUGGGUUCCUGGCUUCACUGCCACAGCCAGAGUCCCACCUCAGUGUGGCCACAGGGUUUGGCUGUGCCACCAUAUUCUGGCUUUUGAAAAAAAGCCCAGAGUUCCUGAAGUCUUAUGAUGCAGCUGGCACCAUCCAUGACUACGUGGUUGCCAUGCUCUGUGGCUUGCCAAAACCUCUGAUGUCCGACCAGAACGCCGCUAGCUGGGGCUAUUUCAACACUCAGACGCAGAGCUGGAACCUGGAGAUACUGAGGGCCUCAGGCUUUCCUGUCCACCUGCUCCCUGACAUCUCUGAGCCCGGCAGUGUUGCAGGCAGAACUUCCAGCACCUGGUUUGAAAUCCCCCAGGGCACUCCAGUGGGUGUGGCCCUGGGUGAUCUCCAGGCCUCCGUCUAUUCCUGUAUGACCUGUAGGACAGAUGCAGUUCUCAACAUCAGCACCUCAGUGCAGCUAGCGGCCUCCAUGCCACCAGGAUUCCAGCCAGCGCAGACUCCAGACCCUGCUUCUCCUGUUGCCUAUUUCCCGUACUUCAACAGAACCUACCUGGCAGUGGCAGCAUCACUCAAUGGGGGCAAUGUGCUGGCCACUUUUGUCCACAUGCUGGUUGAGUGGAUGGCAGAUCUGGGUCUGCAUGUUGAAGAGUCCACUGUGUAUUCACGCAUGAUCCAGGCGGCUGCACAGCAGAGAGAUACCCACCUAACCAUCACCCCGACAGUGCUGGGUGAGAGGCAUCUGCCUGACCAGCUGGCCUCUGUGACCAGAAUCUCCUCCUCUGACCUCUCCCUGGGGCACGUGACCCGGGCGCUGUGCCGAGGCAUCAUCCAGAACCUGCACUCAAUGCUUCCCUUUCAGCAGCUCAAAGAGUGGGGUGUGGAACGGGUUAUUGGGAGUGGAAGUGCACUAUCUCGGAACGAGGUGCUGAAGCAGGAGGUGCAGAGAGCUUUCCCUAUCCCAGUGUCUUUUGGGCAGGAUGUGGAUGCAGCCACGGGGGCAGCUCUGACCAUGCUCCAAAGAAACCACAAGCAGGAAAAGAUUUAGACAAUAGAUUCUUUGGCCAAAGGAUUGAUGCAGAUUUUUAUCAAAUGAACAUGUUUAUGAAAUGAACAUUCCUGACAUGAUUUGGGAUCAACCUCGUAGCUGGCUCUGUGGACAGCUUUAAAUGCCUGUUUCCAAUGGCGUGCCCUCUUGAACAAGAACCCAUUCUGAGAGAAGACUUUAAUUUUGCAGCCAGGAAACACCAAUCAGAUCUUAUAUCAUUACCUCCUGAAAGACACUCACUUUGGAGCUGGUUGCUAGUGUAGUUGUAGGAAGAAGAUAGAGUGGAAAAAAAGAAGAGGGGUUCUGGUUCCCAGCGUCUCAGUCAGCAGGCUAUCCGGUGAUUCUCCUACAGACAAAAUGAAGAAAAGGAGGGAUUCUAGACACCAAUAUCUGGUGGUUGUAAGGCUCCAAGUGAAGGAAAAAAAAAUCUCAGCCAUUCCUUCCUCUAUAGCUAGACUUUGCAUCAAUUGUUAUUUUUAGGACAUGAAUCUUAUACUUAGGACUGUUGGAAAAUUUCUUCCAACCUGGGUGGGAGUAUGUAGCCCUUUGCCAUCUCAUUCUCCCCUUCCAGAUAGCUCGGACAGCAGAUGACCCAAGGCCCAUGAAACAGGCUGGCUUGUAUGGGCCCACAAAGAUGCAACCUCAGUGCUGGAGCAAUAGCACAGUGGGCAGGGUAUUUACCUUGCAUGCGGCUGACCUGGGUUCGAUUCCCAGCAUCCCAUAUGGUCCCCCGAGCACUGCCAGGAGUAAUUCCUGAGUACAUGAGCCAGGAGUAGCCCCUGUGAAUCUCCGGGUGUGACCCAAAAGAAAAAAAAAGAUGCAACCUCAUGUGUGUACUUCCCUGUCCCCCACCCAAGGAAACCCAGCAGUACUCUGGCUGCUCUUGAUCCUUAUAAUAUAGCUCACUUGAAGGCACAAAGCAGUGAAGGAAGGUGUGGCCAGCAAAGGGGGAGGGAUGCUGCCUGCCCCGUGUCCAGUAGGACCCUUUUCCCGGAGUGUGUCUGUGCAGAAGUGGGCUUUUGUUCCUGCAGGUUCAUGUGAAGCUUUGCUACAGGGCAUGCUCCUGCCAGACGGUGUGGCCAACUGAAUUCCCCAGAACCCUUAAUCUCCAGCUCUUUCUCUGGGGCAGGCCUUAUAGACUCCUUGUCUCGGGCUUGUGAAAACUUCCUAUUUGAGAUGACAUCUCAGGGCACCUUGUUAGGGAUGUCCAAGGACAGGGAGGACCUACCCUCACCCCAGGCCAGGCAGGCCUGACUUGGAGGCAACUGGGAAGUAGGAGGAUUGUUUGGGAAACUGACAUUUUGUCUCUUUGUCUGUGGUCACUUUAUCAAUUAUGUGAUUGUUGAAAAUUCUUAAAUAUAUCUUCUUGACUAUGCUGAUUGACUUCAGAUCAUAAAGCUGUUGUUUCCAGAUUAUGUUCCUUUACUU